CCCGUCAUGAGGCUGCACGCAUUUUUCCUAUUCGUUCUGUUCGUAAUCAAUGCGCGCGCCGCCACCAUACACGGGCCGGCCGUGCCUGAACUAGAAAAGAAACUCCCGAUCCCCGAAGAAACUAACAAGGAUGUCAUCCCAGCUGAAAACGCCUCCAGCGAACAGGAGCUCAUCGAUGCAGCCAACACGGUCCAGGACGUCGAAAACAACCUACGAGUGAAAGCGGUCGAUAGCAUCCCUGUGUCGGUUAUCGUUGAGAGCGAUGCGAACCCUACAGAUGAUAACGAAGUGACCCCUAUUGUGAGGAGGGUAGUUGACUUAAAGAACCCUGGGGAACCCCAGCGUCAGGAACACGAGACGCAAAACGCUGUGCACUACGAUGACGAGCAGCAAAUCGUGACUUCUGUCAAACAAACUGUCGUCGAUACCCAGAAUGCGCUAAAACAAGGGUUCCAAGGCGUCACCCAAGGGAUUCAGAACUGGAUCGCUAACAGUGAGCAGCUCAGUGCCAUUCAAGCCAGUAUUCAGAAUCUGCAGGAAAGUUUCAAAGAGCAAAUUUCUAAACUUAAUGAAACUAUUCAAAGCUUCUGGCAGAACCGUGUCGGCUCUAACCAAUCUCAAGCAGCAGGAAACGAUGUCCCUAAACCUGAAAUUGAAAGCGUUGAGUCUCAACUUAAGAUCUUAGAAGACAACUUCCAAACUGGUGUCAAGGCUUUGUCUGAGGGGGUACAGGUAUUUGCAUUACUGAAGGCCGAGAACGAAAACCCUACUUCGCCGGCUCCGACCGCUCCCAAUAACCUAUUUGUUCAAUACCUGCAACUGUUCCAACAGACGAUAUCACAAGGAUUCAAUAAUGUAACCCACGCAUUCCAAAACUACGUAAAUCAAUCUCCCAACAAUACUGCAUCUAAUCCAGGUCUCCUACAAGGUCUGAACAAUGGUAUCCAGAACAUUUUAAACCCACAGCCCGCUGGGACUCAAUCUGAUGAUGCUAGCACUUCAAGACCGAGUUUAUGGCAAGGCAUUCAGUCAUCCAUCCAGAACAUUCUGAAACCUACUCAGAAUCAAGCUGCUCAAGGAUCAAAUGGUACGCCAAAUCGUCCUAUCACACAAGCAAUCCAGAAUCUUCCUUUCGUACAAGGAGUAGUAAAUUUGAUUCAGCCGAACAAGCCAGGUGCUCAGCAGCCAGCCCAGGCUCAGCCGGCAAAACCCGCUGACCCCGUUCAACCCGCUGCAGAGGGCAGCAACGUCGUGCCUGUGGAAACCAAGCCCGAGUCCGACGUGCAGCCUGCUAAAGCGCCUGUGGUAGAAGAAGUCAAACCUGAACAGCCUUCGAACAACAACGGUCCAAUCCAGAGCAUCAUCCAGAACAACCCGAUCGUAAAAGGCAUCUCUGGAGCAGUGCAGAAGCUGCAAGCCAGCAUAACCAACCCGGAGAAGCCAAGAGAAACAGAGAAGGAGCCAGAAAAUGAAAAGGGAGAUGUUAAGGGUGGUUUCUACCCUGGCUACGGCUACGGCGGCAAUGCAGGCGAUAAUAACGACAAGCACAUCAGCAGCGACAGCGGGGUAGCCCUCAAGGCGGCAGACGGCAAGCUCGAAGAGCCCGCCCCAGAGAAACCCACCGCGGUCGUCGCAGAAGCACAGGAAACCGACAAGACUGACCAGUCGUAAACGUAGUGUGAUAAUAGACCCGUAAUUUAUUGUUUGUUUUAGAUAUAUUUAUUUAAGUGUACGAAUGAGAUGUAAAUAAACGAAAUUGAUGAAUUUACAAAA